AGCUCGAGAUGGAGGCGACGCUGAACCUUGAGCCCUCGGGCCGCAGCUGCUGGGACGAACCGCUGAGCAUCGCCGUGCGCGGCCUGGCCCCGGAGCAGCCCGUCACGCUGCGCUCUGUCCUGCGCGACGAGAAGGGCGCGCUCUUCCGAGCCCACGCGCGCUACCGCGCGGACUCCCACGGCGAGCUGGACCUGGCGCGCACGCCCGCGCUGGGCGGCAGCUUCUCGGGGCUCGAGCCCAUGGGGCUGCUCUGGGCCAUGGAGCCCGAUCGGCCUUUUUGGCGAUUGGUCAAGCGCGACGUGCAGACGCCCUUCGUGGUGGAGCUGGAGGUGCUGGACGGACACGAGCCCGACGGCGGGCAGCGGCUUGCACAUGCGGUGCACGAGCGUCACUUCUUGGCUCCGGGGGUGCGGCGCGUGCCCGUACGAGAGGGCCGGGUGCGCGCCACGCUCUUCCUGCCCCCAGAACCUGGACCCUUUCCUGGGAUCAUAGACCUUUUUGGAGUUGGAGGUGGCCUUCUGGAGUAUCGGGCGAGCCUGCUGGCUGGGAAGGGCUUUGCCGUCAUGGCUCUGGCUUAUUACAACUACGAUGACCUCCCCAAGAACAUGGAAACCAUGCACAUGGAGUACUUUGAAGAAGCCGUGAACUACCUGCGCAGCCACCCCGAGGUAAAAGGACCUGGAAUUGGGCUGCUUGGGAUUUCCAAAGGGGGUGAACUUGGCCUUGCUAUGGCCUCCUUCCUGAAGGGCAUCACAGCUGCUGUGGUCAUCAAUGGCUCCGUGGCUGCUGUUGGGAACACCAUCUCCUACAAGGAUGAGACUAUACCCCCUGUGACUAUCCUGAGAAAUCAGGUCAAAAUGACCAAGGAUGGCCUCAAGGAUGUUGUAGAUGCUUUGCAAAGCCCUCUGGUAGACAAGAAGAGCUUCAUUCCCGUGGAAAGGUCUGACACGACCUUCCUGUUCCUCGUAGGUCAGGACGACCACAACUGGAAGAGCGAGUUCUAUGCUGAUGAGAUCUCCAAACGCCUGCAGGCGCACGGGAAGGAGAAGCCCCAGAUCAUCUGCUACCCAGCAGCAGGGCAUUACAUCGAGCCCCCUUACUUCCCGCUGUGCAGCGCUGGCAUGCACCUCCUGGUGGGUGCCAACAUCACCUUUGGAGGGGAGCCCAAGCCUCAUGCCAUGGCCCAGUUGGAUGCAUGGCAGCAGCUCCAGACUUUCUUCCACAAACAGUUGGGUAGUGAGUGUUUGCAUGUGUCUCCUAAAAUAUAACCUAUUAUAUGAUGGUUUGGAGGUUGGGGAAAGGUACAAAUACAUUGUAAGAAUAUCAUUUCAGAUGACUUCAUCUGAACAUAAAACUGCUUUAGAUUUACAUUUAAAAAAAUUGAUAUAAUUAUCAAAAUAGUGCUGAUUCAAGGGCUGGGAAUGGAGUUUCAUUGUCAAGUCCUUGACUGGCGCAUGCAGGAUCCUGGGUUCAAUCCAGCUGCGAGAAAUAAAGCACGUUCUAUGGAAACUGGAGCUAUCCAAGAAAAGUGCCAGGAAUAAAAAGGAACCAUGAUUAAA